CACAAUAAGAACGGCCAUCUUUACCCUCUGUUACAACUGCCACUCCAGAAAAGAAAGAAAACAAAUGUCCUGUCGGGAUUUUGUUGAAUUCUUGAUGUGUCAUCAAUGGGAACACAUUAAAUUCUGAAGCCAAAAACACGAGGCAUCAUGACCUAGUAAUCUUCAUAAGGAGCACUGCAGCACAAAUCAUCCUUCUCCUUUGGCAGACCCAGAAACACAUUGCAACUGAAAUAUUCCCAGACCCAGAAACACAUGAAGACUGUAGUUCGAGAUUCCCACUAGUCGUCUGUACUGUUGUGGUAGUUUCCAGGGAGAGACCUUUGCCUCUCCCCCCCAGGAGAUAUGGAGCCCCAGGAGAGUCUGGGAGUGGAGGGCGACUCGGGUGUGCUGGGGGUGCUGGUGCCGAGCCCACGGAGUGAAGCGGUGACCCAUGACCUGGAGGAAUUGUCUCUGCAGCCCACUCAGAACCUUCCACCCAUUAAAGAGCGCAAGAAUGUGCUUCAGUUGAGACUCCAGCAGAGGCGCACACGCGAGCAGCUCGCAGACCAGGGCAUCAUGCCACCGCUGAAAACACCUGGAGCUUUUCACGGACAAGUCAGAAGUCUGGAGAGGGCAAGGACUGAGAAUUUCCUCAAGCAUAAAAUCCGCAGCAGACCUAACCGCGCUGAACUUGUCCGUAUGCACAUUUUACAAGAAACCCAUGCAGAGCCUUCUUUGCAAGCCACUCAGAUGAAACUAAAGAGGGCGCGUCUAGCAGAUGACCUCAAUGAGAAGAUUGCACAGAGGCCUGGACCAAUGGAACUGGUGGAGAAGAACAUUCUGCCUGUGGACAUUGUUGGAGAACUGGAUGUUUAUAACUUCAAUGAAGACAGCAGUGAAGCUCUGUCUCCAGAGCAGCCAGCUAGUCACGAGUCUCAAGGCUCUGCUUGUUCUCCUGUAGAAGCCAGACUGCCUGAACCAUCCUCUGUUUCGCCUCCGACUGGCUCCAAACUACAGAUGUGUCCACCUACAACCCAGAGUUCAGACUUCCUGAACAGAACAUCAGCAGAAGAUGGUCGAGUAAUGACUGCCAUUCAGCUGGUCACUGCUGCUACUCCCACAAAGCCUGCACCCACCCUUGUGAAGCAAAGCCAGCCCAAACAGUCUAGUGACAAGAGUCGAAGCAAGAAGAGUAGAGAACCCAAACCACGAAUUAAGAAGCUCAAGUAUCACCAGUACAUCCCGCCCGACCAGAAGCAGGAACCAAAUGAAGCCCCGAUGGACUCAGCUUAUGCCCGGUUGCUUCAACAACAGCAGCAGUUCCUGCAGCUCCAGAUCCUCAGCCAACAGCAACAGCAUUACAAUUACCAGACCAUAUUACCAGCACCACUCAAGCCAGUAGCUGAGAGUCAGAACAGCUGCCCCAAAAUCACCCUGAGCACCAGCCCUAGUCUUCCGGCUCCUAUUGUAGUAUCUCUUCUCAAUACGGCUCCUUCGCAUCCCAACAACACUGUGACCGGUCGUAAAACCGGGUCUCUGCCUACCAACCUAGAUGAGAUGAAGGUGGCUGAGCUUAAGAUGGAGUUGAAAUGGCGUGGACUUCCUGUGUCCGGCACAAAGACAGAUCUCAUAGAAAGGCUGAAGGCCCACCAGGAGAGCUCUCAAUCUGCUACAACAAUGGAUGCAAACAUCUCCAAAGCUCCUCUACAGCCUGACAGCAUGAGCACAACUCCUCCCAUUUCUCCUGAGCAGUCAGAAGCCUCCAAUAUCAGUAUGGAGGACUGCAGAGAUGGUCCCACCAAAGCUGUAUGCAUGUUGUCUCCAGCCCGUCCACCAGCAGGCACUUCACCCCUCAAACCCACACCUGAAGACAUGGACAUCAAGGUGUCCGAAAAAGACCAGCGUCUUCAUGAAAAGGAGCGUCAGAUUGAGGAACUCAUGCGUAAGCUGGAGCAGGAGCAGCGGCUGGUGGAGGAGCUGAAGAUGCAGCUGGAGGUGGAGAAAAGGAGUCAGCAGGGCGGAGGGCAGCAGCCUGAACCCAAUCCAUCAGUCCAGGUCAAAGAGGAGUUCGGCACCACCCAGAGCUGCAACUCCAAGCAGAGUCCCCUGCCACAAACUCCAGGUGUGAAACAGGAAGAGCCACAUGCCCAGCUUCACCACACUCCAGUCCAGCAGUUCUAUAUCAACACCCAGCAAGUCCCUCAAGUAUUGCAUCAGAAGACACAGAUCAACAUUCAGCCAGCCACACAAAUCCUGCUGCCUAUCAGCCUGUCCAACAACCCCAUCAGCACACAGGCGCAGACCAUUCUCCAACCAACAUUGCCCAGAAUCAUCCAAACACCACUUCUGCAAACACAGACGUCCAACAACACAAUAUUACAACAGCAUUCGAGUCAGACGCCAUCUCCACCUCAAGCUUCACCCAUUUGUGGAAGCUACAGGCAGAACCAGAACCAGAACCAGAACCAGCCCAUGGCAGACAUGCCCCAUUGCUUUCUCAACAACUCACCCAGACACACAAAUGGACCCAUUAACAAACUCAACUAUAUCUUUCAACCAUCGACGUUCCCCAGUAACCAUAGCCCAAUGAGCAAAGACCCACCCCGUUACGAGGAGGCCGUCAAACAGACCAGAGGUCUACAAGCAACAAUGCAGGUUCCCACUGCUACCAGUCAGCACAUGGACGAUUUGUUUGAUGUUUUGAUCGAGAGUGGAGAAAUCUCCCCUCUGUCUAGGCAGGAUGUCUCUCUGGACAAACUUCUUCCGGUGACAGCAAACAUCACCACCCUGCCCAUCAACACAGUGCUGUCUCGUCCUCCCCCUCAGAUACAUGUUGCCUGCACACCCAGCCAAACCCAAGCACCUCCAUCCAGCCUGGAGGCUCUGGCCUCUGAUAACCAGUUGGAAGCCCUGCUGGAGGGCACUGAGCCACGGACCCUGAGAAUGAUGGAGGAGCUUAAAAACCAGCUGCUGGAGCGGCCCCACUCCCCAAUGGACACUUCGGAUCUGACCUUCACUGACACGCUGCCUUCCACCCUUACUCUACAAGAUGCAGGCCUCGACAACAUGGAAUGGCUGGACCUUACGAUUCCAGGACGUGCUGGUCUCUGCUCACCGACUGCAGGCUUUUCAUCUGAUUUCUUGGACUCCACUGAUUUACAGUUACACUGGGACUGAGCUCACAAAUGGAUGGAGAUUGGAGACACUCUGAAAAGAUCUGCGGUGGCAGACAGGCACUUAAAGAGCUCAGUGUUUCAGACUUCAUGGGUUCUGAGGAUCUGUGGGAAAACCACUCAUUAAAUGAUGUAGCAUCAUCUUUUCUCAAUUGUGCCUAUACAUGUAGGUUUAUGUGCUGUUACUGUCACCAACACCUCUUUCAAGGCAGAAGAAGAAUGUAGAGACACCAUUUGUUCAUAAAAAUCAUUGGGGUCCAAACUUUCAAGCUCCAAAAAGGACGUAAAGGCAUGAUCUAAUGAUCAUCUUCUAAAAUAUCACUUUCUUUGAUGAAAAGAUACACAUUUUAACUCUUUAUUCACUUUCAAACCACACCAAAACAUUCAAACAAAUUUUAAAAAAUGACAUUUUUCUUGAAGAACCAUAAAGUUGGCAUGAAAUUAAAACAACAUUCAUCCAGGUGAGCAAGUAGUUAAAAACAUAGAAAGUGACCUGAUGAGUGAUGUUUUUUCAGCUGAAACCCAUACAUUUAUUCAGUAAACAACAUGUUUCACUCAGAUGUGCAUCACAAUACAAACAUUUGAUCACAACUCUAAAUGUCAAAACCUCACUGAAUGUCGCACAUCACGUGACCAAUCAUAAUAAAGGCUUAAAAUCUGUACAUCAUACAAAAUUAUUCUUAUGGAUUCAUUAUAUGCUGCCUCUAUAUCCGUUCUGAAGCUUGAAAGUUUUGGACCCCAAAAAACAGCUGAAACAUUUUUCUGUAGUCUUUUUAACUACAGAGUUUGCAAAUGUUAGAAAAUUGUGAUUUAAACAGUGUGCCAUGGUAAUACAAAUGUGGUGUCAUCUGCAUUUAAAGGAACCUGUCUAAUGGCUUAUUUACAGUUACUACCACCCGCCAUGUUCAAUGAGCUGUUAACCGUUGCGUUAGGAUACUUGAAAUUGUGGCAGCUAAAUAAUAGCAUUCAAUUUCUAAACAUUCGAAAUCAUUCGGUGCAUGGACUGGGAAAAGGCCAGAGCGAGUUUGUUUACCAAUGCCAGCAUGGGGCCAAAGAGAGGGAGGGAGGGAGGGAGGGAGGGGGGCACACAAAUGCCUGACCAGGGGCCAUUAUUAUCUCUAUCAAAAGAGUAGAGCUAGAGAUAUUCAAAUCUUGCAUUCUGAACUGCCAUUGUUGCGUGUCUUGACCAGACAAACAACACUAAACAGGACCAGUGAAAUUUCCAUAUUCAGAUGAAGCGAUCAGAACUACAUCAGAGAGCAGCUGUUUGUUUUGGAUGUAGUUAAAGCCAGAUUCUCGAUAUUUCACAAAAUUUAAGUUUCUUUCUUCGUUACCACUGAAAUACAGGUAGUUGGCAGGUAAUUUGCCUUUGUUAAUGUACCUAAACCUCAUUUUCUCAUUUAUUUGUUAUUAAUUCUUAUUUCUUAUAAAAUGUGACAAUGUAGCGACAUCUGCUGGGACAGACAGCUGAAUGAAUUUCUUCUCACCACUCCCUUCAGAUGUUUCACUAUGAAAUGUUUUCUUUCAGUGUUUGGCAGAUUUCAUUUUAGACACUUUGUAAAAAAAAA